CCACGGCGUUACUAGCAUUAGUCCUACAUAUUUUAAACUUGAAUAGUUCCCGCCCCAUCUCUGUCGAUCCCUUACCCGAGGUCCCGCAUCCUUCGUUCACCGAUUUAGCGCUUUAAAAGGAAAGAUUAAGAAACAAUAGCGAGAGCCUGCUCAUUUCCAAAAAGAAAAGCCUUCCAUUUAUGUGCCAGGGGAUCAGGGGAUAUCCGUGAAAGCCUUCGUAUAUUCUAUGUAGUGUAACGUCUGUUCUCAUGCCAUCCUAAUCUAUCUCGUAGUUGAUCUCACUGUCUCAUUGCAAGCAACGCCUCCUCAAAUAAGCUAAUGGGGCCAACUGCCGAGGAUCUUCAAUGGCUCGAUCGUAAAUCUAUGUCUCCAUAAGCACCGUCAGAGGUUAGAGGACGUGGUUGGCGUUGGUCGUGUCCACUCCUCGUAACUUAUUAUCCUGGAGAGCAGCGCACGGAGCGCGCGCGAAUCAAAGCCGUCUUACUUCCCCAGGUCUUUUUUUUCAAAUCUAUUGACAAUAAUCUUAAUUAAUACAUACAGCGUACCCUUAUUAUUACCUUCAUACCGCAUUGUCCCGGGAAUCCCUAGGGCUUUUCAGCCCUGUCAAUGUCCGACCCGCUGUCGCUCUUGUGCGAUCUAUCCUGAAGUCUGUCGUCGGACAUCUUCAAGACGGCGCAUUCCGGUCUCCGUCCACGAUGCCGUCGGUCCUGCGUCGUGCCUCCGAGGGGGCCGCGCAGUCCCCGCCGAUGGGUAUCGUCGUUACACCUUCGAAUAUGAACCCGAUCCUUCAGAUGACGACUUGGUUACUCCUCGCGUUGACUUCGCUCAUGCUGUGCUUUCGCUUCUUGACUAAAUUUUUCUUGAAGACGAACCAGCGAUUUGGAUGGGAGGAAAUAAUGAUCAGUGCUGCGUUUCUUGCCGGGCUGGGCGAAUCAAUUACUUUUCUAGUUCCCGAAGGUGAAAUAUUUGGCAAGGAACGGAAUGACAUCUCUGAUGAUGAAAUGACAGCCGGGCUCAAAGCCCAAUAUGCCGGAGAACUACUUUAUAUCCUUGCUCUUGGUCUGGCAAAAUUGUCAGUCUGCACAGGAUUGACUACAUUGUCUCCAGAUACGAGCCAUCGUCGCCUCACGUCCGUAUUCGUUAUCGCAGUUGUAACAUGGUCGCUGGUGGCUUUCGUCGGCACGGCUUUUCAAUGUGGAGGUCAUGGGAUAUGGGAGCAAGGAGAUAUUAAAUGUCUGGAUAGGCACGCGUUUCUGGAAUACGUUGGUAUCACGAACAUUUUAACGGACGCUGCAUUAAUUGCACUACCGACGACCGUUAUCUAUCCACUCAAGAUGUCUAUUAGGACGAGACUUACCGUCCUGUCAUUCUUCUCUGUGCGAAUACUUGCUAUCGCAGCCAUGAUUUGCCAACUCAUCUACCUCCCCCGUCUCUCCGAAUAUAACUUCACGCUGCGAGGGUUUCCAUAUUAUCUGAGCAUGCAAUUUGUCCAGUUCGCAAGCAUAUCAGCGGCCUGUGCUGCGUAUUUUUGGCCCUUCCUCCGAUCCUUACGAAGCGGCCUCAUCUCGGCCGACAACAAGGCCUUCACAUCCGAAUACGCUCUAGCCAAGCUCCGUGGAUCGGCUCGAAACGGGGCGAAUAUGGAUAUGGUGUCAGGAACCUCCUCCAAGAGCAGGGAUCGAAGCAACUAUAUCAAGAUUACUACCGACAAUACGGUUAUCACGAGUGAACGAGGACAGACAUCGAGCGGCAAUGAACCUCUUGGAAGUGAGGGCUAUAUGAAGGAUUGGUAGCAGCAGUACGAAGCAGCGAUGUAACAUUAACCUCGAACUCAUCCGAGCUGUCUUUUGCUUUGGACUAUCGACCCUCACAAUUGGUACGAGUGACGUUGAAGAAGCUACAUUGGUUAGGUACUUCAUUGUCCAAUCCACGUGUUCUCCGAGCUAGAAAACGUGUGUAUACAAUAACGUGUCCACCUACAGGGUGCUUUGUCCGACACAACCAACCUGGAUCCGGCUAGGUGUUGCCGCGCGUUUGCCCAGCCAGCCAUGAAUCUUGGUAUUUCCAGGAGACUGGUUCGCUUAGUCAACAGCACUUGAUCUCUUCUCCGCUCCACCAACAGAUUCUAAAAGAAGUUGACAGAGUGAAGUCGUAUGGAAACCUACCUACCUAGUAUUUACAUGGAAACAAAGAGUAUCUACCCGUGUAAGGUAGAUACUUGAAUUGACUGGGGCAUCUUGGAAUGAUGGCGUGAUAUUGAUAUCGCUGCACGCUAGGGCCUUAGAACUCGAGUUGAAGUGGUUAUAUUGUUACGGGGCUAGAGCCCCGUAUCAAGAUAUCGAUCAUCUUAAUGCCCGAGCUCCGAGGGUUAUUGUGUCGCAACGAAACGUAGGGAAA